AUGGCAGCCCUGCAGAGCGAGGGGGAGGCCCAGAAGCUGCGGUUCGGGCCCUGGCUGGUGAACGCCGUCAACAGCGGGAAAUACCCUGGGCUGUGCUGGACAGACCCGGCCCAGGGCAUCUUCCGCGUCCCCUGGAAGCACAAUGCAAGGAAGGAUGUCACCAGCAGUGACCUGGAGAUCUUCAAGGCCUGGGCAAAGGCGAGUGGGCGGUACGAGGGGUGCCCCGAGGACCCGGCCAAGUGGAAGACCAAUUUCCGCUGUGCUUUGAGGAGCACCCGCAUGUUUGAGCUGCUAGAUGACCACUCCAAGUCUGGUGAUGACCCACACAAGGUCUUUGCCAUCACCCCAGUUGCCCUCUCGCACAGUGAGGAGGGAGAUUUCAGCAGCUGCGAUCCUGUGGUGGAACAGCAGCCAUUGCACCAGCAGCUGCAGCUGAAGCUCGUCUCCCAAGACAUCCCCCUAGGCAGCACUGACCCCACACAGCCCCCAGUGCUGAAGGACAUGGAGGAGUUGCAGCAGGUGCUGAAGCAGUGUGGCAUCUCUCCCCGUGAUGCUGGUCCCCAUAAUCCUUCCUGGGAACCUGCAGGGGAGAUGAUGCUCCUUGCCCCUGCUGCCAGCCCUGCGCCAGUGCCCCCUCUGCCGGAGCGUAACACAGAUGGCAUCAUCCCCCUCCUGGACAUCAGCAUCUACUACCGGGGAAGGCUGUUCCACCAGGAGGAGGUGGAGGACAGCAGGUGCCUGCUGGCGUACCAGACGAGCGACCCAGCGCUGGCCCUGCGCCCCGGGCACCUGGUGCGCUUCCCCAGCCCCGCCGAGCUGGCCGACGGCAAGCAGCGGCAGUACACGGAGAAGCUGCUGGGCAUCGCAGGGCUGCAGCUGGAGCAACGCUCCCACAAGCUCUUUGCCACCCGCCUCAAGAAGUGCAAGAUCUUCUGGGUCCUGUCCCAGCAGCUCGAGGGUGUUGGAGACCCUCCAUCCAACGAGCUCCGCCGGGACAAGGAAACCCCCAUCUUUGACUUCAAUGAAUUUUGCUCAGAGCUGAGGGACUUCCGCAACAGGCAAAGGCGGCAGUCUCCAGACUUCACCAUCUAUCUCUGCUUCGGGCAGUCCUUCUCCAAGGCCAAGCCCAAGGAGUCCAAGCUCAUCCUGGUCAAGCUGGUGCCCAAGUUCUGUGAAUACUGGUACGAGCAGGUGCUGCGGGAGGGAGCCUCCUCCCUCGACAGUGGUACUGUCAGCCUGCAGCUUUCUGACUCCUUCAGCCUCUUCGAGCUCAUUGAGCAGUGUGACAUGCAGGUGGACUGA